AUGCGCGAGGCCAGGCGCAUCCCGCGGGGCGACAGCACGGACCCGGCGCCCUGGAUGGCCGACUUUGCGCGCCGCGCCGUCUCGAUCCGCGUCCAGCAGCUGCGCAGCGGCGGCGAGCGGCGCGUGUCGUGGGUCAAGUCGGGCUUCUUCGGCGCCAUCCCCUUCGUCAGCUCCAUCGUCGGCCUCUUCUACGACUCGACCAAGACCUUCCGACUCGUGGCCAUCGGCGCCGUGGGCCUCGGCGACUCGGACCAGGCGGCCAGGCUCCGGGCGCAGGCCAAGGAGGUCACGAGGACGAGCUGGAAGGCCCGCGUCGAGAAGGGCGCCGAGUGGGUCGGCAAGAACGCCUUCGAGCACUGGUGGGACAACUCGGACUUUGCGGCCGCCGUGCAGGAGCACAUGGUGCAGGCGCUGGCGGCCGAGUUUGGCGUCCAGUCGGCGCACGAGUUUGCCGGCUACGCGGUGCACCUCAAGCCCGGGCUCGGGCAGGCCAUCUCGGCCGGCAGGGCCGUGUACACGUGCGACCAAAAGAUGCUCAGGGCGCUCGAGUGGCUGCACCCUGUCGCGCUGCAGUUCCACCUCGAGACCUUUGUCGUCAAUGCUUUGUCGGAGGUGUGGGGGGAGUAG